AUGGGAGGGGCCGUUGAUCCCAUAGAGAGGAGGAAGGCGUCGAUUUGGUGGAAAGAUUUAGUGAAAUUGGGGAGUAACUCUUUUUUUGACCCGUUUGUUUCUUCUUGUAGGUUUCUCUUGCGGAAUGGCUAUAAUAUCCCUUUUUGGGACGUUAUGUGGAUGAAUGGGUUGAUUUUGAAAGAGGUGUUUCCGAAUCUCUAUGAGGCUUCUAGUUUGAAAAUGGUGUCGGUGGCGGCAAUGGGAGGAUGGGUGGAUAAUAGGUGGACGUGGGGUAAUUGUGGUAUUUCCGAGAAUCGGCUUCUUGAGCAUGAGGUGGCGGUUGAAUGGGGCAUUUUCCGAGGCUUUUUGGAAGAGUAUGGGGUGAUAGGUUCAGAAAGAGACGGGGCGGAAUGGAUCACUCCGAGGGGUGAAGAUUUCUCAGUGGCGUCUUGUUAUGAGAAGUAUGCUUUUUACCGUAUUCCGUUUGGUCUGAUUGGUAGACAUAAUGAAGCAAAGAUUUUGGUUUGGAAAGCGGAUGUUCCUUUCAAGAUAAAGGCGUUUGGUUGGAGGCUUCUUGCUAAUAGGCUCCCUACAAAAGAUCUCCUCGCGAUUAGAGGUAUUCUGCUAUCUUUUGAUGCUUCCUUGUGCUCUUUUUGUAAGAUUGAUCCGGAGAAUCGGGAUCAUUCUUUCUUUUCUUUUUCUUUUGUAAAGAAUAUUUGGAGGGACAUAGCGGUGUGGAUAGGUAAAGAGGGGUUAGUUGAGGAAGAGAGCCAUUCAAGUUUUAUGGAAUGGCAUUCCUUUUGUAUAUCUAAGAAAGUGUUAGAUAAGAAGGUAGAUAUUGUUUGGUUAGCAAUUACUUGGGCUUUAUGGUUAAGUAGGAAUGGGGUUUGUUUUAGGGAAGAGGUUUGGAGCUUUGAUAAUGUUGUUUGGAACAUCAAAGCUUUGGUGUGGAGGUGGUCUUUUUGUGGAGAAAAUACUCAUCUCAAUUAUUCUUAUUAUGAUUUUGUCAAAGAUCCGAUCCGGUUCUUAUCAUAA